UCAGCUACGUAAGCGGUAACGCUGCAUUAUCAUUCUGGUAAAUAUUUAUUCCAGUGCCACGAGGUUUCCCAGCUAUCCGAUAUCUCGAGGUAUCAGAUACCAUUAUUCCUUCGCUGGUCAUCGAUAGUACCGUUUCAUGCGCCGGGAAAGCUGUGGAAGCCUGGAACUUUUUGGAAUAGGCCGUCAGCGUUUCUCGUCAUUUGUCAAUUGAAAUAAACGACUCAGGCGAGAAGAGACGCAAGCUGCGCGGUAUUGUGGCGGAGGCGCCUCAGGGAAGCACAGCCCAGGCAGACGAGCGAGCGCGGAAUAAUGGCGCGGAUACACGCGACGGCUCACGUGGGCUUACGGGUUCUAAGACUGGCAGCAGCAGCAGCAGCAGCAGCAAGAAGAACCCUAGGACGAGCGGAACUACUGCUGCCGCUGCUGCUGCUGGCGGUGUGCUUCAUGGCUCCAGUGGUGGCGGGUGCCGAUCCAUACGCAGACACGGGCCCCAUAGAUCCGGAGACGGACCCCGCGGUGCUGGCGCGCAUGCUUCCGCUGAACGUGCGCGCGGGCGGGCCGUUCGCGGACUGGAUCACGGGGGAGCGCGAGUGGUUCAACGUCAACUACUACUUCGGCAAGGGAGGCAACGACCUGCUGGACACGCAGCGCAGCAACGACGUGAUCUGGGGGGGUGACGGCGACGACGGGCUGUACGGCGAGGACGGCAACGACACCAUGAUGGGCGGCCCGGGCAACGACCUGCUCUGCGGGGCCCCCGGCCGCGACAUCAUCUACGGCGAGGAGGGAGACGACACGGUGCUGGGGGACCCGUGUGGCAUUGGGAACAUCUGCGAGGGGCCGCAGGUUGUCUACAACGACUGGAUCCACGGCGGACCUGGCAAGGACGUGCUGAACGGGCAGAAGGGCGACGAUGAGAUCUACGGGGGGACAGGCGACGACAGGCUGUAUGGGGGGGACGACAACGACUACCUGAACGGCGAGGAGGGCAACGACGCGCUCUUUGGCGAGGCGGGCAACGACUACCUCGUGGGGGGCCCAGGCAACGACACUCUAUAUGGAGCUGCUGGCACCGACACCCUAUACGGCGGCCCCGGAUUCGACAUUUUAAGGGGCGGGGGAGGCACCAACAUCUUUGUGGUGGACGCCCAACCAUGCGGCACAUUCGACCAGAUCCGAUACUUCGUCCCCAAGAACGGCGACCGGGUCAUUGUGGUGGCGGGAGGAGGCGCCGUGGGAGGGGAGCUGCUAAAGAAGGGCAGAUCGGCGGUGACAGUGAAGACAGUGAAGCACGUUACGGGCAUAUACGUGGACGGGUGCGCCAAGCCCAUUGCUGUGUUCACAGGCGUGGACGUGCCCCCUGCGCCCAUCGCCAAGGCGCUCAAGCUGCAGGCCGACCCUCCGCCUCCUCCCAGCUGGGUCGUGGGCUACAUCCCUCCGCCCAUCCCUGGCAAGAACGGCGUGCCCGCGAUCCCCCCUGACAACGUGCUGCAGGGCAGUCCGUUCGGGGACAACCUGUAUGGGCUCAACCACUCCAAGGAGAUUGGCAACUUCAUGUUUGGGCUGUCGCUGAACGACAAGCUGGUGGGGGGCCCCGGGCCGGACGUCAUUCUGGGGGGCAACCACAACGACACCAUCAUUGGGGGCGCGGGGGACGACCGACUGUCUGGCGGGUCGGGCUACGAUCUGAUUCUCGGUGGCGCGGGCAGGGACGCGCUGUUUGGGGGGCACAACGUGGAUAUACUCUACGGGGGGGGCUGGGGCAACUGGAUCACAGGGGGGGACUCCUCAGAUAAGAUCUACGUGGAUGCUCCCACCAGCUGCACAGCCACAGGGCCUGCCCCCGAUGUCAUCAACGACUAUGAUACAGACAAGAUAUUCAUCGUGGGUUCGCUCACCUCCCUCUCUCAGCUCUCCAUCUCCACCAUUGCCACAGGCACCACCAUCGCACUCAAGGGGUGUGCUACUCCAUUCAUCUUUGUGAGAGGGGUCAGCAACCUCCCCACGUCCAACAUGUUCUUCACCACUUCGGCUGGCAUUCCUACAAAGCCCUAACCAGUGUCUACUUCGGGUGGUGAAGGCAUAUUAGCAUGCCGCAUCAUGGAUGGUGUUCAGCUGUACUAAAGACGUGUCGAAUUUAGAGAUCGGCUGUUGUGUAUUCUCAAUAAUUUGUAUUAUGUGGUAUGCAGGCCCUCAGAUUCGAAUUUGGGCACCCUGAGCCCUCAGGGUUCAUCCUCUGAAAAGUGUGCACCCCUCGGGGUUUGAGAUGCACAGGGCACUUUUCAAAGUGCAGCUUUUUCGUU